AUUUCGCUUAAGGCCACCGCCCCGCCUUCACUCCUCUUGCCUGCCCCCGGGGCUCCCCCAUUCAUCCCCACCUUCUGUCUCUUCAACGUUCAAAGAACCGAUCUCCCCAAACUCGCGCCGCGAUCUCUCUCACCCCUGUCCGUCCUCCCACCGACGGUCCUCCAUCUCCGUCCUCACUUUUUCCUCCCUCGCUCCUUGGAUUAUAAUGUGCAAGAGCUAAAACAUAUGAAACACAGGAACCAAUCCGAUGAUGGAAUUAAAGAGAUCCUUAAAAUUUGGAGACCAGCGAUCGCUGGAAAACGGUGUUAAAGAGAAAAUAAAGAGGGUACCGUGUACAGCUAGACACUGCAAUGGGGAGUAGAAAAAGUACGAAGAAGAGUAAAGAACUAUCUAGUGAGUCAUCAUCAAAAGGAAAGAAAGGUUUACAGAUCGAGGGGUAUCCAGUCGAGGGAUUAUCCAUUGGAGGGCAGGAAACAUGUGUAAUAUUUCCCACACUCAAAAUGGCUUUUGACAUUGGUAGAUGUCCCCAACGAGCCAUCUCCCAGGAUUUUCUCUUCAUCUCCCAUGGCCACAUGGACCACAUUGGAGGACUGCCCAUGUAUGUUGCUACACGAGGCUUGUACAGUAUGAAGCCACCAACUAUAUUUGUUCCGGUAUCAAUAAAAGAAAAUGUGGAAAAGCUAUUGGAAGUGCACAGGGCAAUGGACCAAUCUGAAUUGAAGCACAAUCUUAUAGGCUUGGAUGUGGGUGAAGAGUUUCAGAUAAGGAAGGACCUCAAAGUGAAGGCAUUUAAAACUUAUCAUGUAAUACCGAGCCAGGGUUAUGUAAUUUAUUCUGUAAAGCAGAAACUUAAGCAGGAAUAUGCUGGUCUUUCUGGAAAUGAGAUCAAGAACUUAAGAUUAUCAGGUGUGGAGAUAACUUACACAGUGACAACACCUGAAAUCGCUUUCACAGGAGACACCAUGUCAGAUUUUAUAGUUGACCCAGACAAUGCUGAUGCACUGAAAUCACGAAUUCUUGUCAUGGAGAGCACUUUUGUUGAUGAUGCUGUCACAACAGAGCAUGCGAGAGAAUUUGGUCACACUCAUUUGCUAGAGGUAGCACGCUAUGCUGAGAAGUUUGAAAACAAAGCUAUCCUUCUAAUCCAUUUUUCAGCUCGAUAUCAAUCAGAGGAUAUCGAGUCAGCUAUUACUAAACUGCCUCCAUCUUUCUCUGGUCGAAUUUUUGCACUAACUGAAGGCUUCUGACUUAUUAAAACCUGCCAUAGUCCAUAUGAGAAAAUUCUGAAUUUGUUCAAAGUUUUUGCCAUUAUUCUGAAAUCAUGCAUUGUCUUUUUAAAGCUGUAUUCUUCCCUUUCGCUUCUGUCACUUUAAAUAAACAUUAGGCUGUUUAUUGGCAUUUAUAGCGUCAUUCAAUACUCAUUAGACACAUUUUAUUUC